AUCUCACCGCUCUGCAAAUAGGCGGUGGGGGUCGUGUAGGCCGCCAUGGGGAUAAUCACGACGGACAGAGGAAUGGAGGUGCUCCGAUGCCCAAACCGAAACUGGAACCGCCAAAGAGUGACGGGUCAGAGCCGUUGCGUUGGUUGUAUCAGGUUAAGGAGUAUUUUUCUUAUUAUGAGACUCCACCUCAGGAAUGCUUGCGAUGUGUUACCAUGAUGCUUGAAGGGCCGGCGGCUGACUGGUUCCGAUGGCGAUAUAACAACGGGUUGAUUGACGGUUGGGAAGAUUUCGUAGAAAAAUUCAAGCUGUGUUUUGAUCCUCUGCACUAUGUCGAUUACCUGGGACAGUUGGCAUGGGUGCGGCAAGUAGGGGGUGUCAUGGAGUACCAAGCGGUUUUUGAAAAAGUUCUUACCCACGUGACCGACGUACCCGAGCAACACCUGCAGUCCUUGUUUCACGCAGGGUUAAAGAACCACCUUCAACACGAAAUUAGUCUCCUCAAACCUGCCACACUCUCGGAUUCAUUCGCACUAGCACGCGAACUGGAGGCGAAGCAUAACGCCAUAGUCAAUCGCCCACCAGCGAUCAGCACAAACACUCGGGAAUCCACUGCUUCAACCCCCGUCCGGCUGUUAACCCGCACAGAGAAGAUGGAAAAGGACGCUAAGGGUUUGUGUUACAAUUGCGACAAAAAAUGGAGUCGAGAUCAGAAGUGUGGUCAGUUCAUUUUGAUGAUGGGGGACGAAGAAGAGGACGACGAGGGACACGAUACGGAGGAAGAAAUAGAUGUCACUGCCGACAUCUCUAGCCUACACAGCAUGGCCGGAGUCACCACGCCACGGUCAUUACGCCUAACCGGACGGAUCUCUGGGCAGGAGGUUGGGGUCUUGAUUGACGGAGGGGGCACGCACAACUUCGUGCACCCUCACAUUGUAGAGAAAUUGGGGCUACCCAUUGAGGUGGUGUCAUCGUUCCGAGUUUAUGUCGGAAAUGGGGACUCCCUACAGUGUGGCCAAAAUCAGUGGGGAUUAUGCUACAAGUUAGGGAGGGUAUCACAUGACUAUGAAAAGGUAACGAUGGAAUUUACUUGGUUGGGGCAAGGAGUGACGCUACGGGGAGAAGUGCCGAUAGCAAAACUAAUGACGUUCCAUCACUUUCGAACAAUGCACGAGAAACAGGAUGUCGAGUUUUACGUGGAGCUCAUGGCAAUCCAAGAAUCACCCCCCGAGAUCCCUGGAACGUCACUGCCGAAGGAAAUCGCCCAGCUACUAGACGAAUUUGGGGCUGUCUUCGAGGAACCCAGAGGGAUGCCGCCCCGUCGAGAUGCUGAUCAUAGAAUAUUUUUACAACCGGGAAAGCGAGAGGAGCCACCGCCGUCCUCAGAUCGACGCCGCUUGUUCAAAGAGAAUUCAGUCGCCGUCGCCGUAGAUUUCCGCUGUCCAGUUGGUGCGCCGCUGCCACCGGUCCAUCUAGAAGCUGCCAUCAGCCGCGCAGCCCAGGUCCUACCGAUGCAUCGCCGUUGUCGCCAUUCAGAUCGUUGUAACGCCACUGCCGUCCAGAUCACAAGUUUGCCGCUGGUCCGUCUAGAACUUCUGUCAGAAGAGCCGCUGAUCGCUCCCCGUGCUGCCACCGUCUGGUAUUGCCGAGCAAAGCUUGAGGAGUUGCCAAUUGAAACUCCAUCGUCGAGAAAAAAAGGGUUGUACGGCUGAUUGAAAGAAAAAAAAGGCGAGGGGAUUUUUCCGAUAUGAUGCAAAGUGAAUUUGAAAUGUCGAUGAUGGGAGAAUUAAAGUUCUUCCUUGGGCUGCAAAUUAGACAAUGCAAAGAAGGAACAUUCGUGUGUCAAACGAAAUAUUGCAGGGAAUUGCUUAAAAGAUUC